UUGCCAUCUCUAACUAUCAGCUGUCGUAAAAUAAAAAUAAAUUUGUUUGUAAUUUGCAAAACUCACAGAAAUAGUAGUUGGAAGCAAAAUGUUGACAUCCAUGGUAAAGGAGCAUCAUGCAAAGCAAUCAAAGCGCAAACAGGAGCAAGAAGUGCGUCGUAAGGAAGCUAUUGAAACCUCUAACGAACUAACCCAGUCGCUGGUGGAUCAUCUGAAUGUGGGUGUGGCGCAGGCGUACUUAAAUCAGAAGCGGUUGGAUGCAGAGGCCAAGCAACUGCAUGUGGGCGCCACCAACUUUGCCAAGCAGACGCACCAAUGGCUGCAAUUGAUUGACAAUUUUAGCAGCGCUCUGAAGGAGCUGGGUGAUGUUGAAAACUGGGCACGCAGUAUCGAAGGGGACAUGCAGGUGAUACAACAAACCUUGGAGCUGGCCUACAAAACAUCUAGAGCAGCCCAGGCUACAACAGUCGUUGCAUCAACAUCAGCGGUAGCUUCUACAUCUUCAUCAACAGCGACAAGUGGGAAUCCCAAUUAAAUAUAUAUAUGUAUAUUAGCUGAUAAGUCAAUAAAAUGUGUAAUUGUAACCUAGCAAUAAA